AAUAUCAAUUUGACAUCAGUCUCGCCUUGAAUUCUACAGCCGUAGGUUUGACUCGAUGCGAUUGACAACGAUGAACUUGCGUCUUGCAUUGAUAUCGGCAAAUGCCUCAGAGAUUGGGCUGUCGCCGCUUUAUGCAUAAAGGGACAGUUCCACGCAUCGUACGCGUUUGUUUGCGUGAGACAAUCCUGGCUUAAAUCGUAUACCAGCAUCGGGAGAAAAGGGAAUUCUACUUCCAGGGGUCCCGGGCGCGACGUGAUAUCGAAGCAAGAAGGCUGUGGCUCUGAAGAGAAGGGAAGUCACUGCCUGGAGGCCGCCAUCACCAUGGAUCGCAACUAUCAAUUCAAUGGCAUGUACACCAAUUUCCCUCGUCACCAAGCACAGCAGCCACCAUCUCAGCCUUUUCUACAACCUCAACAUCAACUUCAGAAUCAGCACCAGCACCAGCAUCUCCCAUCCCAAUCACACGCUCAAUCGUAUUCCAGUCCCCAGUUUCGACCUCAGCCUCAUCCUCCGCCUCAACCGUACAAUCAGCCUCACUCGUAUCCUCAAUCACUUCCACCUCAGCCUCUUCGACAGAAUUACCCUCAACACUAUUACAACCAAGACCAGUCGUAUCAGUCGCCGCUCCCACAAUAUCAGCAACAACCGUUCUACCAGGCGCCUCAGCCGUCCGCAUCACCGCCUCAACCUCGUGUCCAGGUCGUCAUACCUCCUCGGCCUUCGCCAUCACUCUCGUCACUGCCAUCACCUCAGCAACUACAACAGCAGCGACAACAGUUCCAUCAGCAGCCUACACCGCAGAUUAAUCAACUACCCAGUCCUGUUCAAUCAUUUCAACAGUCACCGAGAGAACAAGUGAAACAAGGACGUCUUCAGCAGCCUCCCCAACCGCGUCCUCAACUGCGCCCUCAGCAACAUCCUCAGCAAAGUCCCCAGCUGCGUCAUCAACAACAUCCUCAGCAAAAUCCCCAGCAGCAUCCUCAACAAAGCCUUCAGCAGCGCCCUCAGCAGUAUUCUCAGCAGUAUUCUCAGCAAAAUCCCCAGCAACCUCCCCAACAGCAUCUACAAUACCGUCCACAACUCCCGCCCUCAGGUUCGCAACAACGACAACAACAACAAGCAAGUAUCCUUGCUCAAAUUCCAUCCCCAAAUGUCAGCCAUGGGCAAGCUCCGCCAGUGCGAAAGCCACAGGCACCUCUCGUAAGUGAGCCUGAGGUGUUCAUUAAGCAAGAAUUAGCACCGCCUACCAUAAAAUCGGAAGAAGUGCCUCAGAAUAUGCCAGGCCCAGGAAGCACGAUAAAUCCCCAAAUGCUGAUGAAGCCGCCGCAGCCAAAGCCGCCUAAAGUACUUCAAGCUGUCGAGAUCGAUACAAAACCUAAGCAGAUCUCCAGCAAAAUGGCAGACUAUGAACAAAAGCCCCCAAAGCCUGACGAACUUGAACCUGACUACACCACCUUGUUGUGCGUCCUCGCGGACGACUAUAUUGAUGCGGCGCGCAAACUACCGACGUCGAAUGAGGAGUACUAUACACUGAUAGCAACCGCUAUUGGUUGUCUAGAAUCUGUUCUUAACAACUUCAAGCUUCCACCCUUGAAGGAAGCACAAAUUUCAAUUCGAUAUGCACAACUUUUAUACGAAGAGACCGAAAACUAUGAUGAAGCUGAGACCACUUUGACCAAAGCUAUCGAAAUCUGUGAAAGACACAAAUUUGUUGACUUGAAGUAUGAGAUACAAUUACUGCUAUGUAAAGUUCUCUAUGAGUCUAGACCUAAGGCUGCGUUACGAGAGAUGCAAAGAAUGAUUGAUGAUAUCGAAGCGUAUCGCCACACAGUGUGGCUCUACAUCUUCCGUUUUCAGCAUGCAAUGUUUUCAUUGGCAUCAGCAGCACCAGGAGAAGUCCACAACGCAACUGUUCAGCUCGAAAAAAUCACCAGCCUUGCACGGCAAAACUCGGAUAGUGCUGUGCUGGCUUUCGCUGCCGUGGUGGAAGCACUCCUACAUCUUUCCAGUUCCAGUCACGAAGCUGUCACUGCUACUCAGACAGCGCUAGCCAAGGCUAGAGCGCUGCAGUUAAACCUUGAUGUCGAGAGAAACCCACAGCUGACUAUUUUCAUGGAAUUUCUUGACCUCGCAUGCAGUGUUCAAGAAGCCAACAUUACACAAAUUGAAAAUAAACGUAAAGUCAUGCAAAAUGUCCUUUACGAAUCAAUCAGUGACACCCACUGGCGCGAUGAUGGCUUCAUCUACCUUCCCAUAUCAAAGCGAGCGAUAGCAGGUAUCGAAUUCACAGGAACUGGACACGUCAUUGAAAGAGGUGGCAGGUACUUUUUGACCUUCUCGUGGCUGAGCAAAGCACAGGUAGAAGUCUUGGGUUACCUAUUUAGUGCCGACAGUACAGCAUACAAGAGUGGAACGGAUGGAGGAAAGGCCGAGAAGUUCGCCUUGGAAGGCCUCUCGGACGUUCAAAACUGGGGUUGGCCAAAGCUCUCUGCAGGCUACCAACAGUCACAGAGGGAAAACAUCUUUCAAAAACUGGUUGAAUGUCAGUAUCUGUUCCUGAUCUGCUUUAUGCGUUGUGGCAGAGGCCUCUGGCAACAAGCGGAUGAUAUGCUGGUCAAGAUUGAGGCUAUCGCGUCGGGACUUGGAAACAACUUUCCCUUGAAUAUGAAAUCUGCCCUUAGUUAUCUACAAGGGGCUGUUUUGCAGGGGACAGGAAAUACCACGGAAGCACUCGAAAUUUAUCAAUCCCCAAUCUUGAGCUUCGACGAACAGAAAUACACUGCGCUGCCGACAAAGCGAGAUAUGGACUAUCAGAUAUCAUCCUCGUAUCACGCCGAGUCUGACGUUACCCGCAAUUUCUGCAUCCUCGCGGCCAUGAACAGUGCCUUCAUCCUCCGAGAUCCUCAUCAUCCACAGCAUAACCGGCUGUCUUACUUGGUUAAUCGCCUUGGUCCCAUAGUCCAACAAUGUGGCAACAAAUACAUCCAAGCGCAUUAUUCGCUCUUGGUCUCGUUUCUGGCAAACACAACUCUCACCGCGAAGCAAUAUCUCAAAAGUGCAAUGGAAGCUGCAAAAGCGAUUGGAAGUACACAAACCACAGCACUUGCCCUUAUCUACAUGCAGGAGAAGCUCUUCAGGAGCACUGUAGAUGAACAGGCCCUCAAAUGUGCUCGAGCAGCCAGCCACCAGGUUCGGAGAUGGGGCGACCCACUAUGGAUGCACGUCGUGGCCGGUCUCGAGGCCGAGGCACUGGAGGUCAAUGGGUUUAUUGAAGACGCCCAGCAUAGAAGAGCCGACGCUGCCGCAGGCUGGGAGGAUUUGCAGGAGGGGAUCAAGGGAUGAAAAUGCUAAUACUCAGAUGCAAUAUCCGCGAUGAUGAUGAGGUCCUGAAAUACCUCGAGCCAGCUUUGUCAAAUAAUGAAUUGUGAAAAGUGACCGGAAGGAAGAAAGCCUUUGAGUUUUAGCAUUUAGUCUCUUUGAAAGUAUUAGGAUUCGAAAAUCAUUCACUAUGAUAUGAGCACUGAGCAUCUAUCCUUGCUAUUCGUUCAUCCCUGGUCUCAUCUUUAUUCAUC